AUUAUGACCGACAUUACUAUCGCCCAAGCGAUCGGGACGCUGGGCUGCAGCUUUGCCGCUGGCGGCGUCAUGACUAUCUCCAUUAUGGGCAUACCAAGCCUUGCCCUCCCUGCACGCCACCCACCUGGCGCAACGCUUCCGGCCGGCGAGAGGCCCGGGACGCCCGUUGCUCAUCUAACGCACCAGUGGCUCGCGGUCUACGAGCGCGGAAAGCGCAUCUAUCCUGCAAUAUCGAUAGUGGCCUCCCUGGCUAACGGGUACCUCGCCUGGGCACUGCGAGGAACACCGGCUCCAGCGUCCAUCGGCCAGUCUUGGACGAGCCUAUACGUCACAGCCGCCGUGGCAACGUUGGGCAUACUGCCUUGGACAGUGGCGGUGAUGAAGAGCACUAAUGACCGACUGCGGGUGCAUGCGACGCGCGACGAUGCAGCGCUGGCAGAAGGCACGCAGGGGAUGGUGUUUAGCACCACGGAGAAGGCUCGCCGAGCGAAGGAGGAUGAUGAAGUGCCUGGGCUGUUGUGGAAAUGGGCCGAGCUGAAUUUCUACCGAUCAUUGUUUCCAUUAGUUGGGGCCGCCAUUGGCUUCUGUGGAGCGGUCUGGAUGAAAUAG